AUGUGCAUCGAAAAUGAUCCAGAAGUUAUGAAAGAUCAAGACAAAUGGAAGAAAAUUGUUGCAUCAGCCAAGGCUUAUCAAUGCUACCAAGUAAAUUUAAUCAGAUGGCGGUGCCAAAACUGUAACAAAUCCUAUAAAAAUAAGGCGCAUCUAAAAAGGCAUUUUGAGUUCGAGUGUAACGUAGAACCAAAAUACCAAUGCACCAAAUGCGGAGUCAGAUUUAAGCACAAACACAGUUUACAGAGGCAUUUGGAACGAAAGAGCUUGUGUAAUGAUGACCAAGAAGGCAAGCAUAAGACACCUGUCAAAAAGGCUUUACGAAGCAAUAAAGCAAUAAGCAUUCCCAACGAAGACUUUCACUUAUUUCUAGCAGCAUUUUUAAAAUGUUAUAUGCUUACAAACACUCAAACUGAACCAUCUUCAUCGGGUGUAUUAAAAAAUGAUAUUUUUCCCCUGACUACUAUUGACGAAACUUACAAAUUUGAGAAUAAUUUAAACAAUGAAGAGUAUAAAAAGAAAUCGAUAACACUCAUGAAGCGGUAUAUUGGUACGGGGCAAAAGUGGAAACAGGCUUCAUAUAGGCUGAGUUCGUUUAUGUUUACCAAAGAACUACUUACUCUAUUUUCCUGGACUGGAAAAAGCAAAACAUCUGAUUCCAAAGAAUCAUUUGGUAGAUUAGUUAAUAUUUUAGACGUAUUUUUUACGGUUGUAAGUUUAUCCGACCCGACUUUCUCACAUGUACAAAAAGAGGAGUUUUUCAAAGAUGGAAUUUUAAAACACAGCAAAACGAGACUAAAUGCUGCAAGGAAAAAAGGUGCCAGAGAUUCUAACGAGAUGAGCCAAGAUAAUAUUUUUAUGAUGACUACUUCCGAUCCCCAAUUUAUAGACAUUGAAGAGCGGGUAGAAGGGGAGGCUGACGUCCCUUUUGAGAUAAAAACUGAAGAUUAUAAUAUUUAAACUUAGGCUAUCGAAAAUUUUAAAUCGAGGAACAAAAUUGCUUAGCCACUUUUAUAGACGGGCAAUUUAGUCCUAAUCUCUCUAGCCUUUUUUAUGUAAAAUUGCUAGUUAAGUUUUAUAUACAUAUAUAGCUGUUUUUAUGCUUAGAUAUUUUGAUGCGGUCGCAAAAGACUUUGAGUAAUAGUAUUAGUAUGUUACAAACUGUAAAUAAUAUUGUUUAAUGUAAUUGUUUUAUUUAGUAAAUUCAGCUUCAUUUAUGCCUUAAUGA